AUGGCCGAAAGCAUGCAGAAGCGGGAUGAUGUUCUCACCUGUUCGAUAUGCACGGAAACAUUCCGGAAACCAGUAAUGCUACCCUGUCAGCACAGUUUCUGUAGUGUAUGCAUUGAUUCGUACGCUGACAAGUUCAAACAUGUACAGACAGACGAGAGCUCCGACAGCACUGGGUAUGAGGACGUUCAUCAGCUGAUAGCAUGCCCUGUGUGUCGGUCACCAACCAGUGUGGGGAGAGAUGGUGUAGCUGGUCUGCCUCCCAACUUUCACCUGGCAGAUGUUGUGGAGAAGUUCUCAUCUGGUGUAAUUGUUGAGGAUGACGCCCCAUAUUGUUCUCUGUGUGAGGAAGGUAAUCACGUCAAAGCUGUCAAGUUUUGUACCAACUGUGGUGUGUUCUACUGUGAGGAAUGUCUAUCUUUUUGUCACCCAAUGAGGGGUCCUCUGAAACGUCACCAACUGAUUUCGCCCCUGGAGUACCUCUCUCAGGAAACCUCACAGGGUCAAGUCAGCAGGGACCACCAAUCAACCCAGCAGCCGUCGUGUGCGAGACAUGGUCAGCCAUUCGGCUUGUACUGUGAACCGUGUCGGAUGGUGAUCUGUAUGGGGUGUGUGAUUGAGCAUCAGGGACACGCUAUGCGGGAUAUACCAUCAGCAGCUGAGAAUGACAAGCCAGCUGUUUUCAGCAUGACUAAUGAACUGAAGAAAGUCUUAGGCGAAACUAAGGAAUCACUGUCAGGAGUUCUGAGGCUGCACAGUAAGAUACAGGAAAACCAGAAGCUUCACACUCAGGAGGUAGAAAAGGCUUAUUGUGCAGCCUUGGAAGCCUUACAAGCCUGGAGGCAGCACUCCUUAGAUGGCAUAAGAACCCGCUAUUCACAGUGGAGUGUGGAGUGUAGUGCUAUACUCAAACAUUUACAGCUACAGGCCCAGGAAAUGGAGAGGAUGGUACAGGCUUCCAAUGAUUUAUUAGCAUCAAUGGACGUGGAGUUUUUGCAGGGUUCCACGGACUUCACCAAAACAACUGAUGACCAGCUGAAUGGGAUAAGAGCAGAACUGGAGAAACAUGAGGUCAGCAGACAGAAGCUUCUAGCUUCUGUACAACAUGACCAAGUUGUUCCUAGACAGGUGACUGUAAAAGAGACAAUGCAAGAUCGCCAGGACUUAGAAGCAGCAGUCGGUGGACAAAUAUCUCCCCUACGUGUUACAAAGCCGACACUGAGAUUCACAGAGACAGACGACAGGAAGCUGAGAAUCACUGACAGCGGCUGUGUGGUAGAGGCUGAGGACUUGUCCUGGGUGUUGUGGUGGAGGAGAGCUGUGACAGACGGGCGUUACCAGACGGGCAGGUACUACUGGGAGAUAAACAUCACCUGUUCACAUGACUGUUACUGUGAUGUAGGAGUGACACAAGAGAGCUGUGAUGUGAGUGAGGUGACAGACCGUGGCCGUAACUCCUGGUACAUUGAGAUGGAGUACCGUUGUGAUGAGGUCAGGUGUGAUAGUCACAGUGGUCGUGGUGAGAUCAAACCUGGCUAUCUACAGUGGAGACGUUACACACGACCUCAUCACCUGGGUGUGUACCUGGACUGUGAUGACCACACACUGACAGUCCUGGACUGUGACAACAACCAGGUAAUGUACACUGUCAGUGAUGUUAUCGUCACAGAGCCUCUCGUGCCAUCGGUUGAGUUUGGUGUCUGGUCUGAAUCUGUGUCUGUGUCUGCUCGUCUGAUAACGGGUGACUCUGCAACUCUGCCUCCAGUUCUCUGUGAUAUGAUAAGGACUUCCUGA